GAGUAUAACAACACAACAAUAGAGAGAUACAGAGAAAGCGAAACAGAGAGUUUCUUCUUUAUAAUUCUCUAAUGGCGUUGGCUGCUGCUUCUUCUACUGCCAUUUCUGGUUCCAUUUCUUCGCGGUCUCUCGCUUCCCAUGAGCUCAUAAAAGCUCCACAGAUCGGUUCUUUUCGACCGCUAGAGCGACAUCUGGUUCCGUCAGGGGCGGUGAAUUCUUCCCGGAGACGAUGCUUGGUAAAGCCCGUCUACGCCGAACCAAAACAGAGCAAUUCCACCGUCCCUCACGCAGCAACAAUCAUUGCUCCCGAGGUUUCAGAGAAUGUUGAAGAGAGUAUUGAGAAGGAAGACUACGAGAAAUUGGCCAAAGAACUUGAGAAUGCAUCUCCUCUUGAAAUUAUGGACAAAGCCCUUGAGAAAUUCGGAAAUGACAUCGCUAUUGCUUUCAGUGGAGCUGAGGAUGUAGCCUUGAUCGAAUAUGCUCGGUUGACUGGACGACCGUUCAGGGUGUUCAGCCUGGACACUGGUAGGCUCGACGCCGAGACCUACCGGUUCUUCGACACCGUGGAGAAGCAUUACGACAUCCGCAUCGAGUACAUGUUCCCAGACGCAGUGGAAGUUCAGGGGCUUGUUAGGAGCAAGGGACUUUUCUCCUUCUACGAGGAUGGACACCAGGAGUGCUGCCGAGUGAGGAAGGUGAGGCCCCUCAGGAGAGCCCUCAAGGGUCUCCGCGCUUGGAUCACCGGCCAGCGCAAGGAUCAAUCGCCCGGAACUCGAGCUGAGAUCCCCGUCGUUCAGGUAGACCCAUCUUUCGAGGGGAUGGAUGGUGGGGUGGGCAGCCUGAUCAAGUGGAACCCAGUAGCCAAUGUGGAUGGCCGGGAUAUAUGGAAUUUCCUCCGGACCAUGAACGUCCCCGUUAAUUCACUGCACUCUCAGGGAUACAUCUCAAUUGGGUGUGAGCCCUGCACGAGGCCUGUGUUGCCGGGGCAACACGAGAGGGAAGGGAGAUGGUGGUGGGAGGACGCCAAGGCCAAGGAGUGCGGCCUUCACAAGGGCAACAUCAAAGACGAAGCCGCUCUCACUAAUGGUAAUGGUAAUGAAGCUGCCGCUGCUCACGCCGGUAGCACCGUUGCAGACAUCUUCAACACCCAGAACGUGGUGAAUCUUAGCAGGACUGGGAUUGAGAAUCUGGCUAGGUUGGAGGAGCGAAAAGAGCCUUGGCUUGUUGUGCUCUAUGCGCCUUGGUGCCGCUUCUGUCAGGGGAUGGAGGGGUCAUAUGUAGAAUUGGCGGAGAAACUGGCAGGGAAAGGAGUUAAAGUAGGAAAGUUCAGGGCAGAUGGGGAGCAGAAGGAAUUUGCAAGGCAAGAGCUAGAGUUGGGGAGCUUCCCCACAAUACUCUUCUUCCCCAAGCACUCAUCUAGGCCGAUCAAGUACCCAUCUGAGACGCGGGAUGUUGAUUCUUUGACGACUUUCGUCAAUGCUCUUCGGUGAUGCAACCCAACGAGUUAUAAAUCCAUAUUACGUGUAUAACUUGGAGUAGAGGGAGUUGUGGGAUUGACGAGCCCAGCAGAAGAGAGGAUGAAGGUGAGCAGUCAAUUUACAGUUGAUUGCACGGUGGCUAGUUCUGUCCCGUUAACAAGCAGCAUAGAUGUUCUUGUAUAUUGCUCUUUGUUUUUAACAUAAAUUUCUUUUUCGAGUCAUCGUGAGAGAGUUCCCCUUCCACUUCAGUUGUCUCCUUUUUUCUCUUGGAAUAUUUGUAUAAUCGUUGUUGGAACGAAUCAAUGAAUUGGUCUAAUAAGCCUCUUUUGCUUCCCAGAA